ACCUUUUUUUGAGAUUUUUUUUUCAAAUCGAGUCAAUCGAGUCGAUAAUAAUAGUAAAAAUGUCAAAGAAAGAAGAAGGCAUGCCGGCGUGGAACGAUACAUGUCAUUCCGGUCGUGAUCGAAAGGGAGCGUCACCCCAAAAAUCAGAUUUGACGGUUAGUGUUGGCUCGAGUACGAGUACGAAGUUCUGUUCAGUACUACGUACGUCAAGAACGAGUAAGAUCAGAAAGAAUCUCUAAACUUGUUUUGAUUGAAAAUGACAGAAAAUCUAGAAGCGUUCAACCAUCAUACCUACGCAGUAUCAAUAAUCAUCGAUCAUCCCUCUUCUCUGAAAGUGCUGUCACUGCAAAAUAUCCAUCAAGCGGAUCGGCAAAGUUGCCAAUGGCAAUAUUUCCCCAAACGUGUCGGGAAGCCAGUUGACCACAGAUUCCGUGAUCCAACGAAACGAAACGAAACGAAACGAAAGGAAACGAAUCAAUCAACGAAUUGAACAGAACAACACGAUAGGCAGAUAGAAAGACAACAUCGAGAAUGUCGUCACCUCCGGUUUUGUUGUCGGAACCCACGAAACCCAGCUAUCGAAAUGAAGGGCGUCGUGAUCCUGCCAUUCGUCACUCUGGUCGAGCUCAUAUUCGCGGCAAAAUAAGACGUGUUUGGCGUCCUCGCUACUUGGAAUUGGUAAGGAUAACAUUCCCUUCAGCACCAAACGUUGGCAAGAAAAAUAGAAUUAUACCCUAAUUGUUGUUUUCGAUUCCUGUUUCGAUUCCUCCGCCUCAUUCUCUCUUGCGCAAAAAGUGCGACUCUGGAUUUAUUCGCUACUACGAACUGCCACCACUUGCAGAUGUCACAAUGCCCGAAGCGGCAGACUGGCAGCACGUAAACAUGGUGAUCAAAGAUACACUGAUCAUUCACCACGCUCGAAUCAUCGAUGUCACUACCCUUCGAGACUUACACGUUGG